CUCAUUAUAGCAGAGACCUCCAAGAGGAAUAUGAAGAACGCCUACCGGCGGGGGCAGAAGCAUUCGACAACAUGGACGAGAGGCCAAGGUCCCCGCAAUCAAACCAAGUUCACCAAAUUGUAGAAAAAGGUGCACAAAUUAAAAGCUAUCUCUCAGACAUCGUGAGCGAAAAGAUUCUCGCAAUGCACGGGCGACCGCCUGCCCAGUUCCAUUCUAAUUACAAAAGCCGGGAUGACAGCAAGCACGCCGUAGACUUGACGGAGAAGUCUUGCAGCCGGAUUCUCAUAGCGUGUGGGAUGACGAUGAUCAUGCUGGUAAUCGGUGCAGCACUGGUUGGCGGUAUACUUCUAGCAGUAACUCAUUUGGAUGCAAAAGAAGAAAUGGUAACAGUUGCUGCCCUGAAUCUAAAUCUGAAAUGUCCGGGAGACAUCGUGACAAGAACAGAGCCGGGCAAACAGUUCGCCGUGGUAUCGUGGAAGAAACCGGUACUUCAGGGAAACGCCAACACGACCGAGGUCGUCACGUUCCAGAGUAACCACGAGUCAAACACAUCCUUUGAAAUUGGCGAUCAUGAAGUAGUUUACACCGUGACAGACCCGGAGAAAAGUCAAGAGACCUGCUCUUUUAAUGUGAAAGUGAGAGACAAAGAGAGACCACUGUUUGUGAGCUGCCCCCAAAAUAUCAAGAUUGUCACUGAUGCAAGUGACGGCGAUUUCCAAAGACCGACGUGGGAUCUGCCGAAGGCGGCCGACAACGCCGGCCCGCCGAAAGUCACUACCAACUACCGCGGGAGCGAAAGGUUCGACAUCGGUACCACAGUGAUCCGCUACACGGCCACUGAUGCGGCCGGAAAUGUUGCAAGAUGUGUGUUUGAAGUGACAAUCAUAGAUGGAACGCCGCCAUCCAUUCUAAACUGCCCAGGCGACCUCACUGAGACCACGGACCGACCCCAGUGGACGGUACCAACAGCAGCGGACAACGACCAGUUAGUCAGUCUCGAAUCAGACUGGGUACCUGGAGAUACCUUCCCACUGGGUCGGACGAGGGUCACUUAUGUGGCCGAGGAUUCGGUUGGACUGAAAACUGAAUGCAGCUUCACUGUAACUGUCAGAGAUGGCACCCCGCCAACUAUACGUAGCUGCCCAUCAGAUAUCACACAGCCAACCGACCUAAGAUUGGCCACCGCUCAAGUCGUGUGGAACCCGCCCACAGCACAGGAUAACGGGGACCUUGAGGCAUUCCGCUCCAGCCACCUGCCUGGUGAUAUUUUCCCUCUGGGAACGACAGAAGUUGUGUACACGGCCGUGGAUUCAGCGGGAUUUACCACUGAUUGCAGCUUUAAUGUUACAAUUAUAGAUCUAGAAGCACCCAAAUUCACUCUCUGUCCAUCAAACAUUGAAAAGAGUACAAAACAAGAUGGCAGUUUUGACCCUCCCACCUGGCCGGUUCCCAUGGCAACCGACAAUGCUGGAGUACCACAAGUCACACCAACCUACAAACUUGGAGAGUUUGAGCUGGAGGUAAAGAUGCCUGUACAAUACACGGCCACAGAUGCAUCUGGCAACACGGCAACCUGCCUGUUUUUUGUCACAGUUGCAGAUGAGACACCACCUGUAAUCAGCAACUGCCCUGAAGACAUCACAGUCACUGCAGAUUCCCACUCCCCGACUGGGCGGGGUAACUGGACCACACCCACGGCAACGGACAAUGGGUUGCAUGUCACACUGACUUCCAAUGUGAGACCUGGCCACGCAUUCCGCAUCGGUAGAACAAGGGUGACAUACACCGCAGUCGACAGUGCUGGAUUGACAACCAACUGUCGUUUCACUGUCACCGUUCUAGACAGCUCUCCGCCAACAAUACACGACUGCCCAUCAGAUAUCACACAGCCAACUGACCGAGGCGUGGCCACCGCUCAAGUCGUGUGGAACCCACCUACAGCAUGGGAUAAUGGGGACCUUGAGGCAUUCGGCUCCAACCACCAGCCUGAUGAUAUUUUCCCACUGGGAAUGACAGAAGUUGUGUACAAGGCCGUGGAUUUAGCUGGAUUGGCCAAUGAAUGCAGUUUCAAUGUUACAGUUAUAGAUCUCGAAUCACCCAAAUUCACUGUGUGCCCGUCCAACAUCGAGAAGGGUACUAAUCCUGAUGGCAGUUUUGACCCUCCCACCUGGCCAGUUCCCGUGGCAACCGACAACGCUGCGGUACCACAAGUCACACCAACCUAUGAAUUUGGAGAGUUUGAGCUGGAGGUGAAGACGCCCAUACAAUACACUGCUACGGAUGCAUCGGGCAAUAACGCAACCUGUCGGUUUUUUGUCACAGUCGUAGAUGAGACACCUCCUGUGAUUAGAAACUGCCCUGAAAACAUUACAGUCACUGCUGACCCCGACUCUCCAACCGGGCGGGGCAACUGGACCACACCCACAGCGACCGACAAUGGGGUGCACGUCACUUUGACGUCCAUGGCAAGACCUGGGGACCUAUUCCACAUUGGCCAAAUAAGGGUGACAUACACCGCAGUCGACAGUGCUGGAUUGACAACUAACUGUCAUUUCACUGUCACUGUUCUAGAUGGCUCUCCGCCAACCAUAUAUGACUGCCCGUCCGAUAUCACCCAGCCAACUGACCGAGGAAUGCCCACAGCUCAUGUCUUCUGGAACCCACCCACUGCAUGGGAUCAUGGGGAACUGGUGGCCUUUCACGCAAAUCUGCUGCCCGGUAAUAUUUUCCCACUCGGAACAACAGAAGUUGUGUACACGGCCGUGGAUUCAGCAGGAUUUAUCACUGAUUGCAGCUUUAACGUUACCAUAAGAGAUUUAGAAGCACCCAGAUUCACACUGUGUCCACCAAACAUUGAGAAGGGUACUAAUCCCGACGGCAGUUUUGACCCUCCCACCUGGCCGGUUCCUGUGGCAACUGACAACACGGGGGUGCCGCAAGUCACGCCGGCACACGAGUUCGGAGAGUUUGAGCUUGAGGUGAAAAAGCCCAUCCAGUACACGGCCACGGAUGCAUUUGGCAACAACGCAACCUGCCUAUUCUAUGUCACAGUUGUAGAUGAGACGCCACCUGUUAUCAGCAACUGCCCUGAUGACGUCACAGUCGUCGCUGACCCACAGUCUCCGACUGGGUGGGGCAACUGGACCAUGCCCAAGGCAACGGACAAUGGGAUGCAUGUUACCAUGACAUCCAAUGUGAGAUCUGGUGACCUAUUCCGCAUCGGCAGAACGAGGGUGACAUACACCGCAGUCGACAAUGCUGGAUUGACAACCAACUGUCGUUUCACUGUCACUGUUCUAGACAAGGAAGCUCCCGUUUUCACCCACUGUCCAACGGACAUUUUACGGACGACUGACGUCACUGGGAGAUACGCUUACCCGUUCUGGCGCACCCCGCAGGCCGUGGACAAUUCAGGUGACCCGCUGGAGACCACCACAAAUUACCGGUUUCAGAAGUUUGAGCUGAAUGUGCGCACGCCCAUCGUGUACACAGCCACCGACCCUUCUGGUAACAAUGCGACGUGCCUCUUCUAUGUUUUGAUUACAGAUGGCACCCCGCCCAAAAUUCAGAACUGCCCCGAAGACCUCACCCUGUCCACCGACCUCCACGCCUCCACUCGCCGGGUCAACUGGUCACUGCCCACCACCUCCGACAACAGCAAGAACGUCAGCCUCACGUCCGACUUGAAGAACGGCGAUCUCUUCCCACUGGGGAGCUCUGUGGUGACGUUCACCGCGACUGACCCCGCAGGCCUGACAGCAAAGUGCCAUUUUACGGUCACUGUAGUUGACAUGGAGCCGCCGAGAUUCACCAGCUGCCCACCAGACAUGGAGGAGACCUCGAAUGGCAGGGGCCAGUUUGACCAGCCAGUCUGGGAGACGCCCCACGCGGUGGACAACGUGGGCCAGGCAGAGGUCACCACCGCGUUUGACUUUGCGCCAUUUGAACUGGGCACAACCACUCUGGUUGAAUAUACGGCAACAGACACUUUCAACAACAUGGCCACCUGUGCAUUUUUUGUCACCAUCUCCGACGGUACCCGACCAGUCCUCGGUGACUGCCCUCCGGACGUGACAGUGCCCACUGACCCGCGCCAGCCCACCGCCCAUGUCGACUGGACGCCGCCCACGGCCGAAGACAACAGCGGCCACGUGUUACUGACAUCCAACUUUGGCCCUGGCGAACGCUUCCCCCUAGGACAGACGAAAGUUAUCUAUACAGCCGAGGAUGCAGCGGGUCUGAGAGACAGGUGUCGGUUUACAGUGACAGUGGAAGAUACGGAAGCCCCUGUUUUCAGUUACUGCCCUCGGGACAUCGAGAAAGAGACCAAUGCUGACGGCAAAUUUGGCUACCCCACGUGGUCCUUCCCCCGCGCCAUAGACAAUUCCAGGGUCAACCCCAACAUCACCACCACCUCCAUCUUUGGGGUGUUUCCCCUCGAGGAAGCCACGCCCAUCGAGUAUGUCGCCUCUGACAAAGCCGGGAAUACAGCUUCCUGCAGGUUCUAUGUGACUGUCAAAGAUCGGACUCGCCCAAAGAUCACAGAUUGCCCCGGCGACAUGACCGUGUCCAUUGACCCCCGGUCGGCCACCGGCCGUGCCAUGUGGAGUGUGCCCGUGGCCUCGGACAAUGGCCGCCUGGUCAGCUUCGAGUCCAACUGGGACCCCGGCGAUGACUUCCCGGCAGGCCAGAGCAACGUCACGUACACUGCUGUCGAUUCAGUUGGUCUCACCUCCACGUGCCAGUUUACAGUAACCGUGGAAGCAAGGUGCAAUCUGUCGCUGUCCACCCCUGCCAUGAAGAACACCUACCAGUACAGGUUUCCCUUCCCCAUUGCCCAUCGAGCUGACGACUCCACGCUCAUCCGGUUUGACUUUGCCGUACGGUCGGCAGGCACUGUCUUCAUUGCCCUAGCCGACAGUGAUACAAUCUCGAACGUCUACGAAAUAGGUCUGGCACGGAGUAAGUCAUUCAUCAGGUGUGGAGUCCAGUGUAAGCCCCACUACAUCACCGUCAAGGUUCCCAAGCUGCUCAGCGGCGCCAAGUACCAGCGAUUCUGGAUCACCUACAACAGCGGCCGCGGCUUGAUCAAAGUCGGCAGAGGGGGUGGGGAGCCAUUCCUAGAAUGGCAGGACCCGUCUUCUGACCCCCUGGAUGUGCAACGCAUCGGGAUCGCAUCCUACCAUGUAGCCGACUGGAAAGGCUACCUCUGCAAAAACGGAACGAGUAGUAAAGGGACAGACUGGUUAUAACACAACUCCUCAUUGGCUGAUUUCCAGACCACUCAGCUAUGCCUACUCCGUGACAAAGUCUCCAUACCGGCCCAUUUUCACUUCAGCAAUAAUCAAAUUAACUGUAUAAAUGGUAAAUGUGUUUACAAAAAUUGUAUAAACAUUGUCAAAACAUUACGGUAUGGAACGCUUUGCUUUAAAGGAUAUGCAACUCAAGAAAUUGUAAAUAGCAUCAUAGUUGAGGCCAAAAAAAACCCCCUUUGAAAGCGACACGCACCUUGAUCGCAUUCUUGCACAUUCACUGCAAGCACGCUGUAUGCUUGCCAGCAUGCUAACUGCAAAUGUCAUGCAACGUAAGCUCAGCACCAGCAAUUACACAAAUGUUUGCAAGCCCACUGCACACAUCAUUUUGACGCUUACAAGUUUUACUUAUCAAGCAUUCCUUUUUUUUUGUGGUACUUUGUGAAAUGCUAGUUAAGUGGUGCAGUCCAACUUGAAGGUAGAUGACAUAGAAGGAAAGGAUUAGAAACACCGUUUCACCUACUUUUUCCAGAUUUUAGGCAACCACAAUCUUUGUGGAAGUUUUCUCUUUCAAAAUUGUACACAAAAUUUAUUCAACGAGCGUGUAAAACACCACCGCUUUAUACUGUGGUAAAAUCUAGCAAUUAGUGUUAGGAAAGUAUACGUAUUGGUGUUAUCAAGUAAAUAACAAAACAGUUUAAUGCUUACUUUUGUAGCAAAGCUUUGAAAACUUUUUGCUCAUUCCAUCUUCUGGAAACUGUUGAAUUGUAUCCUUUGUGCACAGCUGUGAAGAUUCAGCAGAGAAAUAAGCACUGUGACAUGACAUUUCAAUGACAGAGUGACAAUAUUAGUGAAUAUGGAUUUACCAAAUCACACACCAAGUUCCUUUUAAUAUAUAAUCAAGCACUUAAUCAAACCACAGCUGAGGAAAUUGUCACCAAUUGUACAAAAUAGCGGCACAAUUAUCUGCAUGCUUGUUCCAGGCUAUUCAUAUUUGAAGCAAGUUGUAAGGUCUGCAUUCAUGCAUGUGAAAUGCAUACUCCCUCAGAAAGUAUCUAAUGUACAUGGAAUACCUCCUGAAUACCAGGCAACAAUGUGAAUGGAUUAUGGCAGGUGGAACGCACAGUUUGUUACCGCUGGCGGUGAUGUGUAAAACACACCAAGUCAUGGUCCAACCUGGAACAAAACAAUCUCUUCACCACGCAUAGGCUCUGUGCACACGUUAAAGGGGGCGCUGUGUGCCCAGCCACAAGGUCAAGCAAGGGGUACUAACAUUUUGCAGCUGUGAACUUCGUUUAAACUUCACAUCCUUCCGUCUCAUUUUGAGGACUUUGAAUACAGCUGUGCUGAUUAAAUAUUUCUGUGAUAAGACAGACUAUCCUGUGACGGCAAUGCUGAAGUUGUUCUGCAGAGAUAAGUUUCUUCAACUUUUGCACAUUUUAUUAAAAUUAUCACAUUGAAUAUUUACAUGACAAUUGCUGUAAUUAGCCUAAUCAUCAUUACCAUAAAAUACAAGUUUUGACACUUACAAGACAACUUACACUGAUUUUGUAUGGAAAAGCGCUUCAGUUUUUUAAACACAAUUAUAUAGUUGACAGUGAUUAAAGUUACAUGUUUCUAAAGGCAAUGCAAAAUAUUGUUGUCAUGAUUUAUUUUCCAGGUUUUCUGCAAGUUUAUAACAGUCCAGUUAUUCCUAACUUAGACUUUAGAACCUUGACAUAAUCUUAAAAAACAAUGCCCAGGUUAUUAACAUUUCUCUGAACAGUUUUACUAUUUAUUUCCUUCAGAUGGCAAGGCUAAUGGCACUUUAAAGCACUUGUUCGACAGUGUACCUUCCCUGGCUUGGAUACAAGCCCUUGAACUUUUCAAGUAAAAUUUCUGACGAGAAAUUUCA